AAGGAGAAGAAACCCUAGCUUUAUAUAACCUUUUGUUCGUCACUUCCUUCUCUGAAGCCGGAACCCUCAAGGUUGAUUCAUCUGGAAACUCGCAUUUAGCUCCAAUGGGAAAGGGAACGGGAAGUUUCGGAAAGAGAAGGAAUAAGAGUCAUACACUCUGUGUAAGAUGUGGCCGUCGUAGUUUCCACAUCCAGAAGAGUCGUUGCUCUGCUUGUGCUUACCCCGCCGCUCGCAAGAGGACCUACAACUGGAGUGUGAAGGCAAUCCGUAGAAAGACUACUGGAACUGGAAGGAUGAGGUAUCUUCGCAAUGUUCCUCGCAGGUUCAAGACCGGUUUCAGAGAAGGUACCGAAGCCAAGCCAAGAGUCAAGGCAGCAGCAGCUUAAAUUGACUUUUGAGCAUCAAGUGGAGAGUUUGGAGAGUUUGUUUGUUGUUAAACUUAGGUUUUGGCUUGCUCUGAGUUUGUUUAUUCGAAAGAUUAUUAUUAUUAUUAUUAUUAUCUAGUACCUGAUUAUGACUAUCUUUUUGUGUGCUCUUUGCUUUUUUUUUUAUAAAGUUUUGGACGAUAUUUGAACUUGAAA